GUCAUUGUCAAGAGUGAUUCAAAAGCAAAACAAUGUCUUGAUUUCAUCGUGCCGAAUAAAUUCUAACACAAACAUUUUGAAUUUGGCGAUAGAACCAGGGAAUAUCAUUCUUCAACACAUUAAAAUUGAAACAGUUUUUUCUGGCUUAGCUAUGGAAUCGAAUGGUAAACCAACCGGAUACAACGUUGAUUUAAGAAUUCCAUUCCCGUCGAGAAGACAAGCCGAAAUUGCUUACGACGUGUUGAGAAUUGAUGCCGAGCCAAAACGAAGUGCCGUAACUAAGCAACUUCAAUUGGAGUCGAAUGAUAUCAUAGUGUCAUUUUCAGCCGUACAAGCCAAACAGGUUCGCGUUAGUGUGAAUGCGUUCCUCGAAGCGAUUAUUUUGUGUACCGAAACGAUGCAACAAUUUGGUCCUCCAGCCGCCACUUACGACUACGAAUAGAAUAAGCGGAAGCAAUCGAAUUGACCCAAUAAGCAACCUCAUUUGAAUUUAGAAUUAGAAUUUAGAAAGAAGUACCAAAAUAAUGGCUGAACCAACGCCAUCGCCCACUCCAAACCGUGCAGUUUACGGAUUUGCAUGGUUUUCAGCCUUCAAGACACUGUUCGUUUUAUACGUUGCUUGGGCACUUUUGCCCGAGUAUUUUCUUCAAGAUGUGCUCGGUUUAACCUAUUUACCAGACAAAUAUUUCGCAUUAUUUCUACCGAUUUUGGUUUUGUGUGCACUGACCGUAUUUGCCUUUCUCAUUUAUCCGCCGUGGAAUUUGUCGAUGCAAGAUGAUUUAAAUGAUGUGCACACAUUACGCGACAAACAUGCAAUCGUUCGUUGCCAAUACAUCGAUCCAUCGUCUAGUCGCCGAUGUGAGCAUAAAGUCGAUGCAAUACCAGCCGACGCAUCGAACAAUUUCAACAGUUGGCUCUUUGAAAAAUAUUGUAAUGAGCAUAAGAUUGACAAUCAGCCAACUGAAAGCGAAAUCGGCGACAUUGGAGACAACUGUGACUGUGUCGAUAAAACCAAAUGCUGGCUACACAAACGGCCCAACCAUUUGAAAGUGUUGCAAAAACGUGAGACCGUGCCAAACGUGUGUGACCUUGAUGUCGGCGACGUUUGCAAAGAACUAUUUCUUGAGGAAUAAAGGGCGCAUUUUUUUACUUUGAAUAUGAUUUCCGAAUCGUUCUUAGUUUGGCAUUUUCCAUACUUUUUAUUUAAAAAAAAAGAAACACAAAAACUAGAAUUUUGAAGAAUUUAAAAACGAAACGAAAAUUGAACAAUAAAAUAUGAAUACAAAAA